CACAAUAACGUUAACGGCCGCCUCUGAUUAGAGCAGGACGUUGCCCGUCAGCCCCCUUGUCCAAUCAGAAUCAUCCUCAGCGUCCGUCCUCCAGUAUUACUACAGAGACUGAGGAAGAGAGAGUGGAGAGAGCGGAUAGCCGGGCCUGGAGCAAGCCGCGGGAACCGCCUUCGACGCCGCCUGGGACCCCCGUCGCCGCCCCUGCCCAUGUUCAGGGAAGGCGGGCUGGCCGCCGACCCUCCGCCGCCGUUUCCUCCGUUGCCUUCCGCCGACGAGAGUCGACUCUGCAGCCGACCGGCCCGAGAGCCGCCGCCAUGGCUGAGCUGGGACAGGAGGUCGUGCAGUUGGUGUGGGGCAAGAAGCCCGGCGCUCAUGGCCUGGCGGAUACCAUCUUCUGUCGCUGGGCGCAAGGGUUUGUGUUCAGUGAGUCAGAACCUACAGCAUUGGAACAAUUUGAAGGAGGCCCCUGUGCUGUUAUUGCGCCUACUCAGGCAUUCCUUCUAAAGAAACUUUUUACCUGUGAAAAAUCUAACUGGAGACAGUGUCAAGAAGAAGAGCAGAAGAAUCUCCUCUGUCAUACACUGUGUGAUAUUUUGGAACUGGCUUGUUCUGAUCAUUCAGAAUCAUACUGUCUGGUGAUGUGGCAAAGAGAGAAGACGGCUGAAGAAACAGCUAGUAUUUCUGAGAGCCCAGCUGAAACAAGCCAGCAAGAGGAGCAGCCCUCUGCCUUGGCUGUCGAAGAGCUUGGCUUUGAGCGAUUUCAUGCAUUAAUUCACAAGCAGUCAUUCACAAGUUUUCCUGAUUUCAAAGAUGCAGUUUGGAAUCAUUAUUUGGCUUGGACAAACAAAUUUGGAGUAUUGCUUUUUCUGUAUUCAGUGAUACUCACUAAGGGUAUUGAAAACAUAAAAAAUGAAAUUGAGGAUUCGACUGAACCAUUGAUAGAUCCUGUUUAUGGUCAUGGAAGCCAAAGCUUAAUUAAUCUCCUGUUGACGGGACACGCGGUUUCCAACGUCUGGGAUGGAGACAGAGAAUGCUCAGGAAUGAAACUGCUUGGAAUUCAUAAGCAAGCAACUGUUGGGUUCUUGACGCUUAUGGAAUCUCUAAGGUACUGUAAGGUUGGUUCCUAUCUGAAGUCCCCCAAAUUCCCUAUUUGGAUACUUGGCAGUGAAACUCAUCUCACGGUCUUUUUUGCCAAGGAUUUGGCUCUUGUUGCUCACGAAGCCCCUUCGGAACAAGCCAGGAGAGUCUUUCAGACAUAUGACCCUGAAGAUAAUGGCUUUAUACCAGAUACGCUUUUAGAAGAUGUAAUGAAGGCUUUAGACCUUGUGUCAGAUACUGAAUAUGUCAAUCUCAUGAAGACAAAAUUAGAUCCAGAGGGACUAGGAAUUAUAUUACUAGGUCCAUUUCUUCAAGAAUUUUUCCCUGAACAGGACUCGAAGGUUCAAGAAUCAUUCCCCGUAUACCACUACAAUGGACUAAAGCAAUCAAAUUAUAAUGAAAAGGUCAUGUAUGUUGAGGGCACAGCGGUGAUUAUGGGCUUCGAAGACCCGAUGUUGCAGACGGAUGAUACUCCAGUCAAGCGCUGUUUGCAGACCAAAUGGCCAUACAUAGAACUCCUGUGGACCACAGAUCGAUCCCCUUCAUUAAAUUGAUGUUGGAAGAAGACUUUAUUCUACUAUCCAAUGCUGGAAGGGUGCUUGGGAGUUGGGCAGGCAGCUACCUAUAUCUAAAAAUGAAACCCUGUACUUCAGCUGUGUGGCUGUAUACACUAGUAUCACUGAGAAACUGUAAAUAAACACUUUUUCAGUGUUAACUUAGAAUAUUUUUUUUUAAACUGGAUUAAUUUGUAUUAUAUCAGCUAGUUCUUUUUUUACCCAUUCUACUACAGUUGAAAUGUAGAUUUCUUCACACGGAAGCCUCUCUGUUCAGCCUAAAAACCUGGAUGUCCAGCAUCUGUUUAUUAGGUGACAUGUGUCUUAAAUACCAUAGUAUUUGCCUGUUUACACAUCUGGCCAUAUGUUUCAUUUAAGGGCACAGCUCACAAGGACGUUCUCUUACAGUGAUCCCAAUGAAAAUGAGAGGGAGCUUGCCCAAUAAAUGGUCUUGUGCAGUUCUCCUUAAUUUCACUGGAGAUCGUUCUGGACACCUUCCAUGUGGUAAUGUGCCCCUAGGCACCAUCAGGACUAGAUCGGCAUUUGCACUGAAUUUGUUUAGUGAGUUGACUUCUGCUGUUUUUAUUCCCUCCUAGAAAUCGACAUGGCUUUGCACAAAUGGGGCCAAAAUUAUGAAUCUUAAUAUAUAUAUAUAUAUAUAAAUAUAUGAUGAAUGCUAUUUAUUGGUACUUUGUAUUCUUCCCCUAGGCUUAUUGAAAAUAAAGGCAGGAUUUUAAAAGGAUAUUAAUGUUUGAGGCUAUAUAAAGAAAAUGUGAAACAGUUAACGGCAGAGAGAAUUUGUGCUAUGAUUUUUGCAAUUGUUCAUAUUAUUAUUGCCAAAUACCUCUUCUCAGUAUGUCCUAACAAAAACAUAAGCCAGCACUAUUGUACAUGUUACAUGCAUGAAAACAUCUGUUAUUAAAGUAGUAUAGUCCAUUAUUUAUUAUCUAGCAAGGCCUAAAUUAAAAAAAAAAUACCCAAAUA